AUGUUGUGCCACUGCAAAGUAGCAUGCAGCAACAACACCAUCUCGCUUAUGUUCGGGUGCAAGAAGUACCGCUACCACGAGGACGACGGUACAUCCCCGAGACUGCGCCCGCACCUGCACCACCACCCGCCCUGCCCCCAGCACCCCAUGGGCCCGCAGCACCUGGAGCACCCCCUGCACUCGCCGGGACCCUACGGCAGACCCGCGGAGGACGACGAGCGCUUCGGCGGCCCGUACGUGAUCGAGCCGAGCACUCUUGGACGUGACGGCGGCGUGGGCGAGUGCGCUGGAGGCUGGGACGGCGGGACGCUGGGCCGCACCCGGUCUCUGAGACGGGUCGGGUCUGCGGGGAGGCCGGGCGAGCUCCGGGGGGCGGAGCUAGUGCAGGUGGCCGAGAGGCAGCUGUCGCGGAUCCAGCACGUGCACGGAUACGUGACGCGCGCGCACAUCGCUCCUGCGCAGGUAAAACGCCAACGCAGGGAUUGGUCCAAGUUAGUGACGCGACGUUUGGCCAAAUAA